AUGGUUUCCAUUGUUCGAGGACUCCCCGAAGGACGCAGCUGUCCAGGCCAACUCCAGCGCGUGGCUCUGCUGGCCAGCGAAUGUCACAACCCAACCGCCCCACCAUCCAAACAAAAGAAGACAGAGUGCUCUGUUUCCUCUGAGUCUAUUGACACAGCUGGGAAGGAGGAACGGGAGCUGGGGCAGAGGCGUUCCUCAUCCCACGUGGUGGGCGUUCACGCCCAGCUGCUCUGUAAGGCAGCCCAUCUCUCUUGCUCUCCUGUACAAUGCACUCAGAAGACCUCCCCCUUCCUCCUCACCAAAGAAGGGGGCUGGGAGGUGAUCUGA